UCUCUAUGGUCACUUCCGGGUGCGGCGGGGUGCGUAAAUGGCGCAUGCGCGGUAGGCUCCUCCCUUUCCGCUCGGGUCCUAGAGGAAGAUGGCCAAACGCACCAAGAAGGUCGGGAUUGUCGGUAAAUAUGGGACCCGUUAUGGUGCUUCCCUAAGGAAGAUGGUCAAGAAAAUUGAAAUCAGCCAACACGCCAAGUACACCUGCUCCUUCUGUGGCAAGACCAAAAUGAAGAGGAAGGCUGUAGGAAUCUGGCGCUGCGGUUCUUGCAUGAAAAUUGUAGCCGGAGGAGCCUGGACCUACAACACCACCUCGGCCGUCACAGUGAAAUCCGCCAUCAGAAGACUGAAGGAAUUGAAAGACCAAUAGAUCAUCCAUCCUUCUGAAGUUCUGCUCCUUGUCUGUUUUUCUGGACUGUUCUUUAAUAAAGGAUGUCUUGUAAAAUG